CUUACAAAUAUCGUGGAUAAAUUAUACGUAGUUGUAAGAGAUAAAAAAUAAAAUAUAAAUAAUGACACGUGAUAUAAAACAAAAAUAGAUUUUUAUUAAAUUUAAUAACGUUAUAAACACAUAUGCACACAAACCUAUGUAAACAGACACAAUUACUACCGCAUGUGAGAGGAAGGAAAAAUGAAAAAAAAAAUGGUGCUGGCGAAACAAAGAAAUAGAAGAAGUAGAUAAAUUUACAUACUUAGGCUAUACCCUCAACAAAAACGGAAAUAAUAACGAUCAUAUAAACAAUCUCACCAGAAAAGGCAUCCUAGCGGCAAGACAAGUAUGGGGACUAGGCGAAAGAUUAUUUAGGGAUAGUUUUAUGAAGCGAAUGUGGAUAUACGAUAAACUAGUCGCAAGUGUAAUAAGUUACGGGGUAGAGAUAUGGGGCUGGAAAGAAUGGGAAGAGGUGGAAAAAAUCCAAACCAAAUAUAUAAAGUGGUGCCUUGGACUGGAUAGAUGGACGCCAAAGUACAUAAUAAGAAAGAAAACAUUAAGGAACAAAGUACACACUAAUACAAUAAACAGAGCGGCAAGAUUUGAGGAAAAGAUCGAAACACAAGUCAAAAAGAUACUAUUAAAAAAGUGUGUGGAAGAAGUAACAAAAGGCCAAAUAAAAAGAAGUUGGGUAAAACAAAGGAUGAAGUGUAUUAAUGAAUGUGGGUUCAGUCAAGAAGGAUUGGAAGAGUUAAAGAGGAGAGGAGCAAAGUCAAGAUAUAACAAGAGGUAUAGAAAUAGAACCCCAUAUACAAUUACCAGCAUAUCUACAAAUUGAAGAGAAAAAGACGUUGCAAAAAAUAAAAGCAAAGGUCAGAUGUGGAAACAUGGAAGAUGACAACAAAUAUUGGGAAACUGAGGAGAGGAGGAAAUGCAUACUAUGCAAAGAAAAGGCUGGUACACUAUGGCACAUGGUUAAAGAAUGCAAAGAAUUAAACAGAGUAGGCUUCAGCAUACAAAAAAUAACAUCAGAGGAAUACACAGAGGAAGUUAUGGAAUGGUGUAAAGUAUUAGACAGGAAAAGAAAAGAAAAAAGCUUAAUAACUGAAUAAC